AAGAAAAACAAAGCCUGCAUCACAAUAAGACAAAUACGCAGCAGACGAGAAAUCUUUAAUUUUGUCUUCGCAGUAUUAUGAUGAAAAUAAAUGUCAUAAAAACCGUAUAAAAGUGAAUUUAAGAGAGAAUAUUUUAAUUUUUUAAACACGAAUAUUCGUGAUCAAUAUUCUUUUGAAGUGAAAGAAAGGAGUGCCGCUUGUGAAAUUGUAUAAAAGGAAGCUUUAAAAAUAGCAGAGAUAACAAUUUGCUAAAGUGGAUUGAGAAAUAAUUUGCAAGAGAAAACAAAUUUUUCAUUUCUAUAAAAACUCCUCUUCAAUAUUUAUUAAAUUGAAUUCAAUAUUCAAUAAAGGAUAAUAAUAAAUAUUCAAUAAAGGAACAUUUUUCAACAACAGGGGAGAAUAUGGCGCCAAAAGAAGGAAAAUAUCAAAAUGAACGGAAUGAAAAUUUGGAUGAAUAUUUCAAAGCUGUUGGAGUUCCUUAUCUUCUGAGAAAAAUGAUACUGACUUCAAGACCAACACUAGAAGUAAUAAAGCAAGACGAAGACAAUAAAUGGACGAUUAAAACUAUUUCUUUAUUACGCACCGCGGAACUUAGUUUUACUUUAGGAGAGGAAUUCAUCGAAAAUAUGCCGACAGGCCUUACUAUAAAAAAUGUGGCAAAAAUUGAAGACGACAGUAUUGUCAUUUCUUCAUUAGGACCAAAUGGUGAAAAGACUGAACGCAAAUACGAGUUUAAGGAAGACGAAGUUAUUUUCAGCAUGACACAUGAGCAGAGUGGUCAGGUUGCAAAACGUUACUUCAAGAAGAUUCCAUAAUACCGCAUAAAACAAGAAUAUACCACUUUUCAUAGCUAUAUUAUUCUAACCAUAUUUUGUAAAUAAAAUUGUUACGCUCACCGCU